AUAAGCAUCAUUAAUUUUAUAAUUUGGAAUGAAACAGUUGACUGAGAAAGGUAAAUCAAUUCUGUUAAAAGAAUUGGAUUAUUCCAUGGUUCAUUGACCUUGGGAAGAUCAAGAAAAAAGAUGCUGCCUCUUAUUCAAAUCUUUAUAUAUGAAAGGAAUUGGUGGACAGCUUUGUCACUUCCACCUUAAUGUCUUCUAUUAAAUACACCACCAUCUUCCAUCCCCUACUGGAAGGUGUACAUAUCCUGUUUCAUUCUUCCUGGCGAAUACCGAUCUCCAACUUUCUGAAGCUGUGUCUCCAAUGGCAUUAAAGAGAAUACUGAAGGAGCUUAAGGAUUUGCAGAGAGACCCCCCAACUUCAUGCAGUGCAGGUCCGGUGGCUGAGGAUAUGUUCCAUUGGCAAGCAACCAUCAUUGGUCCUAACGACAGUCCCUAUGCCGGUGGUGUCUUCCUUGUUACCAUCCAUUUCCCACCUGACUAUCCCUUCAAACCUCCCAAGGUUGCCUUCAGGACCAAGGUAUUCCAUCCAAACAUAAACAGCAAUGGAAAUAUCUGCUUAGACAUACUCAAAGAACAAUGGAGUCCUGCACUCACCAUAUCUAAGGUUCUACUCUCCAUCUGUUCGCUUCUAACAGACCCAAACCCGGAUGACCCUCUAGUUCCUGAGAUUGCUCAUAUGUGGAAGACUGACAAAGUCAAGUAUGAAUCCACAACCCGGAGCUGGACCCAGAAGUAUGCCAUGGGCUAACCCUCCUAUCAUAGGAGCUCUUUUCUGUAAAAAUUUUGCUUCAUUUCCCUGCCCUGCUAUUUUGUUGAGGUAUUAAAGACUGCCUAAGCUUCACUGUUCCACUUAUAUAGCUAUCUUGACACAAUAAAUUGUUGAGUUAAUAAAAUGCUCCAAGACUAUAUAUAACUUGUAAUACAAUGCCUUACUGCUU